CUUAAAAACCCUCAUCUCAAGCUUCUGCUCAAAUGCGCAGCCAUGUCCACGAAAUCCUUGGCGCUCACGCUCGUCCGCCCCGGCACCAUGGAGCUGCGCCAAGUCUUUCAAGACGAGCGCCUUCGUCCUGGGGAGCUGCUGGUUCAAGUGGAAUACAGCAGCGUUCAGCCGUUGGACGGAGAGAUGUUUAACUGCAGCGGCAUGUUUGCAGAUCUUCAACUGCCCCAUGUCAUGGGCGUGGAGGGCGUUGGUGUUGUCCUGAAGUCUGCCAGUGAUCACGUGCCGGAGGGCGCCAGGAUUGCUUUCUUGCUGCGGAAGUUCUUCAACGAUGAUCGCCACGGCACCUGGCAAAAGCGCUUAGUGCUGGAUGAGAAGAGGGCCAUGAUCCUUCAGGUGCCUCCGGUCGUGGGCCUCAAUCAGAUCGCGGCCUGUACCACCUCGACAGCUGGGGGAUCCCGAACAACGCGGUCGGUGGAGGUCGCGGCGCUGGCGUUUCUGAAGCCCUUCGCGCCCCAGUCUCAAAUCAUCGUGAGCGGGGCCUGUGGUGCCGUGGGCCUGGCUGCCAUGCAGCUGGGGGCGCUCAUGGGUCACAAGAUGGUUGCCUUCGUCCGGGGUCCAGAGCGAGCCUCCUGGUUGGCCAAGGAGCUGGCCGACUGUGGGAAGGUGGCUGUUGUUGACACGGCUGCUGAAGAAUGGGUGAGACUGGCGUCCUUGCUUUGCAGCGGGGAGUCCGUGGCGGUCGGCGACCACCUCGAAGAGGCGGAACACGUGUGCGGUGGUGCUGAUGGCAUGGUGGACGGCCUUGGCGGUGAAGUGCUCACGCUGAGCGCCCAGUACUUGCUCCGGGUACGUGCCACACUUGUGAGGUUCGGUGGGGAGGAGCUCCCAAGCCUGGAGGAACCAGUGCAGAGGCUUCGGCUGAAGGUCUUGAGGGAGUCGGUGGAAUCCUUUAUGACCACCAGCGAUGCCAAGGAGCGUGUGGAGGCAGCCUUCGCGUGGAUUGGUGAUGCCAGGUAUCGGCCCAAGGCCUGGCAUGUGGCCAGUUGGUCGGAGGCUGCGGAGUGCAUGAAGGACCAGCCCACCUGGACACGCUUCGCGACACAAGUGAAGCCAGGCCGGAUUGGCCGGAUCAUUCUGAAGUUCGACUAACCUUGUUCCCAAAGCUGGAGCAUCUCUGAAGCGGCGUUCUCUAAAGGAGACGCAUAGCGUUGUUGCCACGGUUGCAGCGGUCAUCAAAAAAGA